GUUUCUGGUCAGAUGACAGUAAAUGCCCAGAGAGGCUAUAAAGUCUAGAAUCUUUAUACAGAUUAGUUGAAGGGCCCUGGCUGACAGAAGAAGGAGGAAGAUGAAUCAAGUGGCAGCCUUAGAGCUCAGGUCUGUCAACCUGCAGAGCCCCAGGAACAACCAGGCUCAUCACACGCAGGAAAUGGGCCUCAAGCGGCUCAUUGUGCGCCGGGGCCAGCCCUUCAUGCUCCAGCUGCAUUUCAACCGACCCUUCCACUGGGGGACCGACCGCAUUACCUUCAUAGCUGAGACUGGACCAGCACCCACGGAGCUGUCAGGAACCCGAGCCACCUUCUCACUCACCCAGACCCAACAAGGGAAUGUCUGGAGUGCUUCUGACUUCUCCAUUGACUCCAACUUGCUCUGUGUCUCCCUAUUCACACCAUCCAAUGCAGUCAUUGGCUCCUACACUCUGAAGAUAGAGACCUCUCAAGGCCAGGGUUACAGCUCGACUCACUCCCUGGGGACUUUCUUCCUGCUUUUUAAUCCUUGGAGCGCAGAAGAUGAUGUCUAUCUGCCAAGUGAAAUACUGCUGCAGGAGUAUAUCAUGAUGGACUACGGCUUUGUGUACAAGGGUCAGGAGAGAUUCAUCACCUCCUGGCCAUGGAACUAUGGGCAGUUUGAAGAGGACAUCAUAGAUAUCUGCUUUGAGAUCCUAAACAAGAGCUUGUACUUCUUAGAGAACCCGUCCAAAGACUGCUCCCAGAGGAGUGAUGUGGUGUACAUCUGCAGGGUGGUGAGCGCCAUGAUCAACAGCAAUGAUGACAAUGGCGUGCUGCAGGGGAACUGGGGAGAGGACUACUCCUUGGGGGUCAGCCCGCUGGAGUGGAAUGGCAGCGUGGCCAUCCUGCGGCAGUGGUCAGCCAGGGGCGGGAAGCCUGUGAAGUACGGACAGUGCUGGGUUUUUGCGGGCGUUAUGUGCACUGUAAUGAGAUGUUUAGGUGUUCCAACCCGUAUUGUUUCCAAUUUCCGUUCUGCACACAAUGUGGAUGGGAAUUUGACCUUAGAUACCUACUAUGAUCGAAAUGCAGAAAUGCUGGCAACUCCGGAACGAGACAAAAUAUGGAAUUUCCACGUCUGGAAUGAGUGCUGGAUGAUCCGGAAAGAUCUCCCACCAGGAUACAACGGGUGGCAGGUUCUGGAUCCCACUCCCCAGGAAACCAGCAGCGGGCUGUUCUGCUGUGGCCCUGCCUCCGUGAGGGCCAUCAAGGAAGGGGAUGUUCACCUGCCCUAUGACACCCCAUUUGUGUAUGCUGAGGUGAAUGCCGAUGAAGUCAUUUGGCUCUUUGGGGAUGGCCAGGCCCAGGAAAUCCUGGUGCAUAAUACCCGUUCCAUUGGGAACAACAUCAGCACCAAGAUGGUAGGAUCAGACCAGCGUCAGAACAUCACCAGCUCCUACAAGUACCCAGAAGGAUCCCCUGAGGAGCGGUCUGUUUUCAUGAAGGCAUCCAAGAAAAUGCUGGGCUCCAGAAGGGCCUCUUCACCCCUGCUGGAUCUGCUGAGGUCCAGGGAUUCUCAGGAUCAGCCAGCGCAGCUGCAGCUUCGCCUGGCCAGGACACCUGAGUGGGGCCAGGACCUGCUGCUGAAGCUGCAUGCCAGGAGGGUGCCAAACAGAGCCCAUCCCCAGGGUCCCAUCAGGCUUCAGGUGCGCUUCUGCGCACAGGCCCUGCUACACAAGGGUGGCGCUCGGGAGCCCCUCUGGAGACAAAUAGUGCACUUAAACCUGGACUUUGGGGAGGAGAUACAGUGGCCGCUCUUGCUACCCUACAUCAAUUAUAGAAACAAGCUGACGGAUGAAAGGCUGAUACGUGUGUCUGGCAUCGCUGAGGUGGAGGGGACGGGGAGGUCCAUACUGGUCCUAAAAGAUAUCUCUCUGGAACCUCCCCACUUAUCUAUUGAGGUCUCUGAGAGGGCCGAGGUGGGCAAAGCACUGAGAGUCCAUGUCACCUUCACCAACACCCGAACAGUGGCUCUGAGUCACUGUACGAUGGUGCUGGAGGGAAGUGGCCUCAUCCACGGGCAGUUAUCAUAUGACCUUGGAACUCUGGUGGCCGGACACACCACCCAAAUUCAGUUGGUCCUCUACCCCUUUAAAGCCGGACGCCGCCAGCUGCAAGUCCUCAUCAGCAGCAAUGAAGUCAAGGAGAUCAAGGGUUACAAGGACAUCUCCGUAGCUGCAGCCAGAGCUUCUUGACCACCCCUCAUCUCAGGCCCUCCCCUCCCCUGGCCCAAUUUCCUGGUGCCCUCCAGUAGCCCCCUCCACCCCUCUGAUGCCUUCCCUGACCUCUUGCAAUUGGUCCUUCCCCUGCACCCAUGACCUCCCAGUCCCCUGCCUGCCCCACUUUACUCCUGAAGGUGUAGUUGUUCCUUCUCUCUUCUCUUCCCUGCCUGCCUAGGGGUGAAUGUAGCUCCAUUAGAACACUGUGCAUCUUGGGAAGAGAUAAUAAAGAUGUAUUUGAUUGA